AUGACAAGGUGGAGCUGCCUGGUGUCAGGAGGGGGAGGCUUCCUGGGCAAGAACAUCAUCCACAUGUUGGUGCAGGAGAAGGAGCUGCAGGAGGUCAGGGUUCUGGACAAGGUGCUCACAGCAGAAACCAAGGAGACAUUCUCUAAGCUGAACACCAAGACCAAAGUGACAAUGCUUGAAGGAGACAUUUUGGAUCUUCAGUGCUUGAGGAGAGCCUGCCAGGGCAUCUCGGUUGUCAUCCAUGUUGCUUCUAUCAUUGAUGUAAAGGGAGCCAUUCCUCCACAGACCAUCAUAGAUGUCAACUUGAAAGGUACCUGCAAAAUGUUGGAGGCCUGCCUGCAAGCCAAUGUGCCAGUGUUCAUCUACACCAGCACCAUUGAGGUUGCUGGGCCCAACUCCUACAAGGAGAUCAUCCAGGAUGCCCGUGAGGACCAGCAUCACGAAAGCACGUGGUCUGCUCCAUACCCAUACAGCAAGAAGCUGGCUGAGAAGGCUGUGCUGAAAGCUAAUGGCUCCAUGCUGAGAAAUGGUGGCACCCUGUACACGUGUGCCUUGAGACCUUCCUACAUCUAUGGAGAAGGAAGCCCAUUCUUGUCUUCUGUGUUCAAUAUGGCUCUCAAAAACAAUGGCAUGCUGCUAAGUACUGCCAAGUUCUCUCUUGCCAACCCAGUCUAUGUGGGCAAUGUGGCCUGGGCCCACAUUCUGGCCUCCAGGGCCCUGAGAGACCCCAACAAAGCCCCAAACGUCCAAGGUCAGUUCUAUUACAUCUCAGAUGAUUCCCCACACCAAAGUUAUGAUGAUCUUAAUUAUAAUAUGAGCAAAGAAUGGGGCUUCCGCCUUGAUUCCAGCCUGAGCAUCCCUUUGUCUCUGCUGUACUGGCUUGCUUUCCUGAUGGAAAUGCUGAGCUUCCUGCUGAGACCAGUUUACAACUAUCAACCCCCCUUUAAUCGUUUUCUACUGACAAUCUCACAAAGCGUGUUCACAGUCAGCUAUAAGAAAGCUCAGCGAGACCUAGGGUAUGAGCCACUUUUCAGCUGGGAGGAAGCCAAGCAAAAAACUGCACAGUGGGUUGGUUCAUUAGUGCAGCAGCACAGGGGGACUUUGAAGAGCAAGACUCAGUGAUGUGGGCCAUGACAGGAAUGGGGAUCUGAGUAAUGCCUGAAGCUACCUAUCUACUUCCUCCUUCUGGCUUCUUCCUGAACAAGACAAUGGUACAUGCCCAUGUCCCACAACCUCCUUCUGACACAAUAGCAACUCUCCAUCCUCCUGCCACCAGAUGCCUGUUGGUUUCAUUUCUCCAUUAUAUCAUGAAGUGCUUCUUUUC